AUGGUACUUUCCACUGACAAUACUAUCGAAAAUCCCACGUUUUUACCGCACACACGUUAACACCACCGAGCGUUUAGACAUUAGUAAACAUCCACACCGACAGGGGGCGCGGUUGAGCGCAAAGCGUCGUCAGACGGGAAGUAAACACAGUGGUGCCAUUGAAGACGGACUAAGAUGUGGCGAUCUGUCUGUGAUCGCGCAGGUUUUGACGCUUUUCACUUCCCGAACCGGGGCUUUCCCCAGGCUCGUGUUUUAACGUCUGAGGAAGUUAAGGGGAAAGGACCCAAGUCUCCAGGCUUUUGUGGUAUUUUCUGAGGGUGAAAUGACGGUUCUGCUUCCCGGAUGCCAGAGCGAAAUCGCGUCUCCCGAAAGCCCACGAACGCAGAUAUCAGGCAGCUAGAGGAUAAUAUCAGGUUGUAGAGUUCCAUGUGAGCAGCCAUGUUCCGCCCCGAGGCCCUACGCCCGGACCCAUGGGCCUCCCAGUUCCCUGCACAGCGGUGGCUGCUGGGCUUCGGGGCUCUCCUUGCAUGGAUGCUUCUCUUCCACCUGCUGGUGAACGUGUGGCUCUUGUGCGUGUUCACCAGCAUGCUGCUGGUGCUGGGCGGCUGGUUGGGCUCGCAGGCGGCGCUGGACUCGGGCAGUUUCAUUCACCUGGAGCGAUUCAUGGCUCUGGAAAGGCUCCAGAGCUCCCCAGAGGGCGAGCAGCAGCUGGAGGGCGAGAUCCGGAGCAUGGUGCACAAGAUCGUUCGGGACUUUGUGUCCUCCUGGUACAGGACGGUGUCUUCAGAGCCCCUGUUUGAGGAGGAGGUGGAGCGGGCCAUGCUUGCCAUUGCGACAGAGCUGAAACAACGGGCCAGGAUGGUGGACCGCAGGGCCCUGACGGUGAGAGUGCUGCAGCUGUGUGGAGUUCAUUUGCGCAGCUACCUGGCUGCCAGGGAAAUGGCAGCAAAAGAAGAAGGACCCAGUGGUCUGUGGGAGCUGUACUGCCGCAGCUGCACAGCUCACCCGGCUCUGCGCAGUGAUGCUGAGCAGGUGAACUACAGCCGCGCCGUGGUGGACCUGCUUCUGCAUGUGCUCGUCCCGGCUCCUCACCUAGACACCCAGACAGGCCGCUUUGUUGUCGGGGAGCUUGUCGCAUGCAAUGUUAUUUUGCCGCUCCUGGCCAAACUGUCUGAUCCAGACUGGCUGAACCAGCUGGUUGUCAGCGUCUUCGCUGAGGCGGGCCAGUGGGCAUCGAAGGGGGCUGCGCCGGUCACAGAUCCGCCCGACGCUGGCCCCACAGCGCCGCAAACGGAGUUGUGGAAGCUGCAGGACGUUGAGGUGCCCUCCAGUUUGACCCUGAGGGUCCCCCCAGAACCACCCAUUGUGACAGAGCCCCCUACGCCAGAGAUGCUGGCUUAUGAUGUCAUCGAUGCCACCGAGCUCUUCUCUCAGAACCCAGAAGAGGAGGAAAGUGGCCCGGAAGUAGGAACCAGGCUGUUUGGAGUCGGGAGAGCAGAGGUCAGUCCAAUGGACUACCUGCGGCCUGGGAAAUUCAACCCAUUCUAUCGAGAGCCGGACUCUGAUCUGGAUUCUCCCCUGUCUGACUUCAGACAAAACUCAGUGGAGUCGCUGGUCCUGAUUGGCGAGGACACACCGUCAGACCGUUUUGCGGAAUAUUCCUCUCCAUUAGAUGGCUGUGGUGCUGUGGACCCACUGGAUGAACUGCAGAGCAGCGUGAGUCUAGGAGAGAGCUCCUGUCCGAGGGUGCUGGUAUCAGAGGGAUCGGACCGACCUGCUACACCGGCAGGCAUGGCAGAUGUCAGGCCGGUCCCUGAGACGGAGCAGGCCAGCGAGGGAGACGCAAUCCCCCCUGGUGGGGUGCAGGCCUCCCGAUGUAACCCCAACGAGCUGUCAGUGGCACUGCCCCCCCCGCAGGCCUGCUCGCCCCUGUCGCCGUUCAGCUUCGAGCCUCCGAGCAGCCCUGAAGGUCCCAUCAUCAUCCAAAACUUACGCAUUUCUGGGACCAUCACAGCCAAGGAGCACAGAGGCACCGGCUCGCACCCCUACACCCUGUACACCAUCAAGUACGAGACUGCAGUGGAUGCUGAGAAUGCAGACCCCGCCCCACCCGUGGCCUACCAUACUGUGAACCGGCGCUACAGCGAGUUCCUCAACCUACAGAGCCGCUUGGAGGAGAAACCAGAGCUGCGCAAGAUCCUGAAGAAUGUGAAAGGACCCAAGAAAAUCUUCCCAGACCUCCCCUUUGGAAACAUGGACACGGACAGAGUGGAGGCCCGGAAAGGCCUACUGGAGACCUUCUUGAAGCAACUUUGCAUUAUCCCUGAAACGGCCAACAGUGAAGAGAUGCAGGAAUUUCUGGCCCUCAACACAGACGCAAGGAUCGCCUUUGUGAAGAAGUCUUUUAUCGUGUCACGGAUAGACAAGAUUGUGGUAAAUGCCAUCGUGGAUACCCUGAAGACUGCCUUCCCUCGGUCUGAGCCGCAAAGUCCCACCGAGGAUGGGGAAGCUGACCCUGACGGGAAAACACAGCUGGACAACAAGAAAAACAAAUCUCGCCUGAAGUUCUCCAGUAAGGCGACGCCUGUGCUCAGCGUGGCCAGCGUUCAGCCCCGGGUGCUUUACUGCUUUGAGGAGGGAGGCACUGUAUUCGGCGGCCUCUCUCUGGACAGUCUGGAGGUCUUUGUCGCAGAGCAGGAGCGGAUGGUAGGCCGGGCGCCAGUGCCGGAGGUCAUGGGGGAGCGGGCCCUCAGGCUUGGGGGCCUAAUGGGGCAGCUGCAGGUUUCAGCCAGUAAGACCACAGCUGAGACUGGUCUGGCAGAUGUGGCCCAAGAUGUUCUCGGACUGCUCAUGAAGGACCAGUGGGGGUGGCUUUGCACUGAGAACAUCCAGAAGACCAUCAGACUGCUCUUUGGGACGCUCAUUGACAGAUCGGAUCUCCAACUUUCUGGGACCAGAGAAAUACAAGCUGAGCUGGCAGGUGGUUCUGGAUUCCCUGCAGGAAGCCCAGAUCAACAGGCACCUUGUCUGUUCCAUGUGGGACCUGCUGCUGGAGUUUCUCAUUCCGGAAUCUUCCAGCGAAGACUUUCAGAAGACUCUGCUGGGAAGCCUAUCUGGGUAGCCAGUGUCGUCAGAGUGACGGGGAAGCGGAGUGCCCUCCCAAUGCAGAUUCCCGCACAAACAUCUAGCCACUGCACUACAGACAGCCUAGGCCAGUGUCCCAGCCAUCAGCCCUGGCUUUUGGAGCCGUUUCACGAAGAUCCAUGUCAGAUUUUAGCUUGUGUAUUUAUUGACCUUAAGCACUAUGGACACACCAGUCUGCAGAGGAUUUAAUCACCGGCCACCUGCUUCAUGUUUGAUCAGGACUUCUCUUUGAUUCCAGAAAACUCUUAGCAUUGCUCUGGGUUUGUGGGUGUGAACUGCAAGGACCACGCCCCCCCUCCCCCGAGUCUAGUCUUUCUCUCGUUAUGAGUAUCCACAAACCACUGCCAUUACAAAGUCUCCAGUCCCCAGAUUGCCCGUCAUUCAAGAAACAACAAUUUACUGGAAAGUGACCUGCCAUUCCUGGCAGAUGUUUGCUGGCUGUGUUUAUGUGUUGGAUCUUGUCUUUGUCCUAGAUGUUCCCCUCACGUUAUCCCAGCUAAGCGAGAGUUUUUCCUGCUGUCUGGGAGCAACCGCGGGGUAUGGCAGUGACCUGUGUGCGUCUCGCCGCAGUGACCUGUGUGCGUCUCGCCGCAGUGACCUGUGUGCGUCUCGCCGCAGGGAUGUUUGCAUUUCGCUGCCGUGACCUGUGUUCAUGUCACCACAGUGACCUGUGUGUGUUGCAGCAGUGACCUGUGUGUGUCUCGCUGCAGUGACUUGUUUGCAUUUCACUGCAGUGACCUGUGUUCGUGUCGACACAGUGACCUGUGUGUGUUGCAGCAGUGACCUGUGUGUGUUGCAACAUUGACCUGUAUGUGUGUCUCACCGCAGUGACUUGUUUGCGCUUCACUGUAGUGACUUGUUUGCUUUUAGCUGUAGAGGACCUGUAGGUGCGUCACCGAAGUAACCCGUGUGCAUGUCAUUGCAGGGACCUUUGCCACAGUGACCUGUGUGCAUGUUGCUGCAGUGACCUGUGUGCAUGUCAUUGCAGGGACCUUUGCCACAGUGACCUGUGUGCAUGUUGCUGCAGUGACCUGUGUGCAUGUCAUUGCAGGGACCUUUGCCACAGUGACCUGUGUGCAUGUCAUUGCAGGGACCUUUGCCACAGUGACCUGUGUGCAUGUUGCUGCAGUGACCUGUGUGCGUCUCGCCACAGCCUGAGAGCUGUGUGGAGUGUGAGGCGUCAUCAAUGCAGCAUUCAAUUCUAGCACCCCGCAGAUGUGCGUGUCGGAAUGCUUGUUGUUUUGUUGGAUUCAUAGCUCUUAUGCGGGAUUAAUAAGGGUGACAUUUUUCAUACAGUUACAGUGAUGUCCACCCGCUGGUACGUGUUGCUGUUUUGUCCAUUACUCUACUCAUUGGUGAUACCUGUGUCGCUGUGAUGUGUGAAUGAGUAUAAAACGCCAAAUUGCUGUAACGCUUAAGUGGAAUUGGGAACACAGAGGUUGAUGUCUACAGUGUAAGGUUCUGGUUUCACAGAGGACCUGCAGGAGGCCUAAUGUCUUAAUACAGAUAUCUUUAAAAAUGCUGCUUUUUAAUGAGCUGGCUGCCAGUGGAGAUAAACAUCUUAUAAUAAUGUUUUAUUUUUUAUGCGCUACCGUGUUUUGAAGUAUAUGUAUUUAUGUGUGUAUAUAUAUUCUUUUGUGAUUUGUAUUUAUGCAUUAAUUUAUUUAAGUGUUAACCUCAGGACACGGCGGUCGGAGCGCGUCUCUGUCGUAUGUUGUGAACGCCGUCAAUCGUUUAUCUUGCUUCUAAAUUUUCCCACGCGAGCGGCUGUUUCCGUAGCUACGUGAGUGUCGCCCUCGACCUGACGCAACCUCUUCAGCUUGAUGUUUUUGUCAUCAUAGUUACACAAUGGAGUAAAGUAAACGUAUAAGGCUGAAAAUCUUAGUAAAAUGAAUGGCUGAGUGCAGUGACCAGGACAGGUAUAAAUAUAUCUGUUACAAAGGUAUGGAUUACGUGUUUGGCAGGAAGUGAGCAUUCUGGGAAAUGCUGACAUAACCUGCGCUACAGCAGACUUUGGAGGCGUUAUGAUGUGUAAGUUGUGUAAAAACUGCGCUGUGAAGAUGCAAUAUAUAAUUUUGUUGUAAUCGUGGGACCGAAAGGGUGCUGCCUUUGACUUGUGGAUCAUAUCUGAAAAAUAAUAAAAGACAGUGAAAGUC